ACAGUAUUUAUUUAGAUAAUUUGUAUGGUGCUAAGAAUUGUUUAAAUAGUUUGUCACAACAAACCCUUGAGUCUUGCACUCGAAAUAUAAAUCAUUCCCAGAAUAACAUCGGUAUAAUCUUUAAACAAUCAUUAAAGUCAAUGUGCAUUUCAUUCAUUUGCUUUACAGAACCGAGACAAAGCGGAAGAGGAAGUUUUGUUUGGAUACUAUUAGCUGGAAUAGCCGUUGUCACUCUAGGAGAGAUUGUCCUGGUUUUGUGCGUCUGUCGAAAGCGCUGGUGUCGAGUGGCUGAGGAUGUUAAUUUACAUCAAGAUCGCCACCAUAAGUUCCAAGGCAUUGCAGUCCCUUCUUCCAACAGGCCCCAUGAGACCGAUGCAACGUUGCCUCCAAGAAUAUAUGAUGACAUUGACGAAAAUAACUUGUCUGCAGCACAAGCUGGAACUAAUCGGACAACAAGUGCGACUGAAUAUAAACAAUGCCCGAGCCAAAAUAAUAACCCGUACGCUAAUGUAAGCCAAAGAAUCCCAACAGGUACACAGCUGAUUGAAAUGACACAUUACUACACAGAGCCAAACAAUUAAAAAGUUGUUACGGUUGGAAGAAACACAAAAGGAGGUGAAUGUUACUUACAUGUAAUUUAAAGGUUAAAUCGAAAGUAAAUAAACGGACGAACUUUUUCCUUCUUCGUAAAACAUAGCAAAUGACUUAAAUAUAUAGAAUGAAUGUUACGAACUAUAAUUCAAGUACUUUGGAAUUUUUUUUCGA